GGUGCGCCGUGCCGGACGAUCGCCAGAUAAACCCCCCCCCCAGAGGCAGCGGCCCACAUCCCGCAAGCCGCCCGCGCUUGGUUUCUCCGUCUGCAUUGCAUCGCAUCGCAUCGCAUUGCGUCGUAUCGCAUCGCAUUGCGCCGUAUCGUAUCGUCCUGUAUCGCCACCCACGAAUUGCAAAUCGCCGCCCCUGCCAACCCCGCCCCGACCAUGUCCGCCGCCCGAGUCGUCCACUUUGACCUGCGUCCAUCGACCCUCUCGCCGCCCCAGAGCCACCACCACCACCACCACCACGACCAUCACCGUGGCCCCAUCCGGUCCCGCUCCUCGUCUCCGUUCUCAUCGUCCUCGACCGGCACCCACAGCCCAUGCUCCGUGCUGCUGACCCCUCCAAAGACCGCCUUCCUGAGUCCCAACGACGAGGAGGAGCAGGUGGCCGGCGAUGACCGGCGGCAGACCCUUGUCUCAAACACAUCCAACUCCUCCGAAGAGGAGGGGCUGGUUGCCACCGUCGUCCUGACUGUUCAAACCGAGUCUGUGGGCCAUCAUCUCGUAUACGGCGAGAACGGCAUCGACACACUGUACAGCAUGUCGCUGUAUCCGCCGGCCAAGCCUAUCACAUAUCGCCUCCGUCGCUCGAGUCCAAAGGGCGCCGUGCUAUUCAAAGAGUAUCACCCCGGCCAAAAUGACCCUCAGCCGUUCGGCAAAAGCGGCGGCUUCCUCAUCGAUCCGUCCACCAAGGAGACCGUCCGAGUCAUCAAAAAGAGUUCGUUCGCAAGCACAUUCUCCUUUGUCGCCCCCGGCCACGACGAGUAUAUCUGGAAGCGAACCGAGUCUCUUCGCAGCCGGGCCAUCUGCAGACUGUACUCUGCGUCGUGUGGCAACCAGCCCUUGGCGACCUUUGACCGGUGCUCGGGCCAGUUCGAGCUGACGUCCUCGAUCUACCAUAUCGCCGAGCUCGUGAUAGCGACAGGCAUCCUCGUCGCUCACUCCUCAUCGUCGAUGUUUUGAUAAGCCUUUGGCAUCGCUUGACACUCCACAAGGCACAUCACUUGGCAAACCACUUGGCACACCACUUGGCAUACCACUUUGUCUUACAACCCGGCCCCUCGAUCUGCAUCGCAUCCGUUUGGGUGCGGCAAGUCGCAUUCGAGUCUGCAAACGCGCGGCCUCAUGGAACCUCCCAAAGAAUCUCGCCGGGCAAUCGAA